UUCAGCACGUGUGAUUUGUUUACAGUAUAUAUCCUUAGCCUAUCGUCAAUAUUUUGAAAUGGAUCAGGAAGACGAAUAUUAUACGCAAGAAGAAGUUGCUGUUCCCUUGAGGGAACCCCUCAACUUGAGUGAACUACGGAAUCCUUUAAGUGAAGGUCAAAGUUUUCAACUGCGAGAAGAUUUCAUGGCAGCAGAUGAAAAUCUGACCAGCAAUGCCUAUUUUGAACCAAAUGAUGUUCUAAGGAAUUGUUACGUUCCUGAUGAAGAUGACAAUGACACUGAUGAAGAGGAUGGAACUUGCCCAUUUGAAAAAAUGGCAAAGAAAAUGGUGAAGCUUAUUGAAGAUGGUGGUGUUGUGAAAAAAAUACUUACACAUGGAGCAGGCAAUGUUAUACCAGAAGGGUCUAUUGUUACAAUUCACUACAAUGGCUUUUUGGAGUAUUCAGACGAGCCUUUUGAUUCCUCACGUUUGCGAAGUGCUCCAGUCAAAAGACAAUUAGGAAAAGGUCAGCUUGUGGAAGGUCUAGAAAUAGGAAUCUCAACCAUGAAGAAAGGAGAACUGUCUAGAUUCAUUAUAACCCAUGAUUAUGCAUUUGGAAAACUUGGAUGUGCACCUCGAAUCCCACCUGAAGCAACUGUGAUGUAUGAGGUGGAGUUGAUGAGUUAUGUAGAGCAUGCUGGUCUGGAUGAGUAUAACUUUCUAACUGAGGAAGAAAAACGAAAUUUGAAAUUUGAUCAGCUGAGGAAAGUCUACAUUGAAGAAAGACAGCAUGGAAAACAGCUCUUUGAUGCUGCCCAAUAUAAGAAAGCAUUCCGACAUUAUCGCAAGGCAGCCACUGUUCUGGAGGAGUACCACCUUAAAGAUGACGAGGAGGAAAGAGAACAGCAACAGAUGCUGCUCAAAAUGUACCACCACAUGGCUGUCUGCAGCAGCAAAUUAGCUAAUCCAGGUCGUUGUAUCAACUACUGUAAAAAAAUGAUGGAGAUCAACCCCAAAGAUGUCCAUGCAUUCUACUUUUAUGGAAAGUCCCUGCACCAGCAGCAGGAGUUUGAUCGAGCCCGUGACUACCUGGUCAAGGCUCAGCGCCUGGAGCCAAAUAAUUCCAGUAUUAAUGAAGAGCUGGUGAAACUAGAAAGUAAUAUGAAGAAACACAAAGUUAUGGAAGCAGAUAUGUAUUCUCGGAUGUUCUCUAAACCCAAGGGACGGACGCCUAAAGAGAAGGAACAAGAAAGCAACAAAAUAAAAGAGAAAGAAAACAAAGCUUAUGAUUGUUCUCCAGACUGGGCCAACCUUGUGAAGACCAAGCUUACGGAGUUCUGUAAUGACUCAAGCCAGUCGGAGAUGCCCUUUCCCUCAUACAAUUUCACACUGGGUGAAAUAGAAUGUAUUCUGGAGACUGCCAUUGAGUUUGGAUUGGAUGCAAAGGAGGUUGGAAGUGGUCAAAGUUAUCGGAUAAAGUUGUACAAGAAGUCAUAGAAAUUUUAGAAAACAGUUCAAGGAAAAUUUGUCAAGAUUUUUGGAGUGUUGGAGCAGACAACUGUAGAUGUUUUCCAAGCACAGAAGAUCUAAAUCCUGAAACCCUGGAUUCCGAGUCCUGUAAUGGUUCUGAUUUGGAUGAUGCUGGAAAUUCUGAUGACCACUUAAGUGCAUGGAUGUUGGAUCUAUGAUGAACAUGAAGAUAAGUGAAGCCUUUGUAAGAGAGGAAAGAGUUAUAAAGAAUUGUCCAGCAUCUGUGUAUCUGCCAUGCAUUGAUCUAAGACCGAGAGGAGUUUCCUGUUACGAGAAUGUGAAAAAAGAUGAUAUUGUUUCUAGUCAUUUGAUGCAAAACAUUUAAAACUUGAUCUGAAUGAAUAGAACUUGAAUUAUUCUUGGUUUGUAAAUUGCUGUCAGGAAAUGAGACUGAUGAAAUAAAGGAUAGUUCCCUUUAAAUUUGGCUUACAAUUUGCAUUUUCAAAUAAGCAAUCUAGAGUUAGUUCCCUUAAAUUUUACCAAGUGAGAAUAGCAGUGUAAUAGCAGAGUUAACUCCCUUAGAAUUUUGCUGGCAGGUUGUAGAAUAGAAGAGUUAGUUCCAUUCAAAUCUGACCAAUGAGAAUGGCUGGUUCUUUGUGUAUA